CUGAUAUUCUCAUGCACUUGUCAGCACACAUAAUGAAUAAUUCUGAACUUGUGCAGGGACUUUACACAUUGAAAUUUUUCUUAUCUGAGUUUAAGGUUAAACAUUUAUCAGAGUACUGCAGACACCAAGGCUUUGUUGCUAUGGCAUGGUUACAAUGUAUUAAUCAAAACACCAUAUCAGCAGUGCUCAUGCAGCUAGCUGGUUCCACCACGGAAAGACAACAGUUCCAGCCUAAUCAAUGGAUUUCUUGUUCAGAUCAGCUGGUUCCACCACGGAAAGACAACACUCCCACACAUAAAAGUUCCAUCCUCUGAGAAGACAUGCCCAUGGCCACGCCCACAUCCUGGGCACAGGAGGUCAUCACCUGUGACCUUUGUGUCAAUCCUACCCAGCAGUUCUGUAACAGUUGUCAAGUCAGCUUGUGUGUGGAAUGUGUUAGUAAACAUGUGGAAAAUUUCAAGUUCCAAACGCAUGACAUUGUUCCUUUCACAAAGAGGAAAAUAAAGCUUGUGUUUUCUGAUUGUAAAAUUCAUAUCAACGAAAGAUGUGAGGCCCACUGCCAAAAGUGUAAUGUUCCAGUUUGCCUGAAAUGCAUACUUGGUCCCCAUAAUGGACACAAAUAUGGAGAUAUGUCUGAUAUUUUAAACAAAAAGAAAAGAUGCAUUAGAAGAGACACCCAGGAGAUAGAAUCCAGCAUUAUUCCACGGUACAAGAAGAAAAAUGAAGAAGCAGGAAAAAAAAUAUCCAUCGCAGUAACCAAAUUUGAUGAACUGGACAAAGAAAAAGAAAAGCACAGAAAAUCCUGGCACCAAGAAGUAGACACCAUUUUCAAUAAUCUCGGUUCUUUGAUGAAUUCCAUGAAAGAGAAUCUCCUGGCUGCUCUAAACUCUCAACAAUCCAAAAUAAAAAAUCAAAUUCCAGACAUGACCCAAACAGUUCAACAAAACAAAGAAAUUCUGAAGUCAAACAAUGUGUCUGCAGUCACUAACUACAAAUCUAAACUCAAGGAAUACAGAAACAUGCCUACUGAUAUUGAUGUCAAACUGCCAUCACUCAAAACCAACACAGUCCAAGGGAGAGAACUCAGCCUGGAAUUAGGAGAAUACAAGGCUAGCCUGACACAGACAACACAGUCCAGUCUGACAGAGGAAGUCUCCUAUUUAUCUUUAGAAAAGCUGUUAAAGCAAGCAAAAUCAAUUACAACCAUUCCUACUGGACUUGAUCCUCUAUACAAUGUUGCCUGUGUGGGAGUGGAUGAAGCCUGGGUUAGUGGUAAAGAUAAAACCAUAAGAUGUGUUGACAUACACGGGUCUGUAAUAUGGGAUUUUGCCACAAGUCAAGACUGGCCAAAUGACAUCACUGUAACCAAACAGGAAGAACUGGUAUACAGUGAUUAUAACAAUAGAACUGUGAACAUUAUCAGACACAGGAGAACAGAGACACUGAUAACCACACCACGGGGCUGGCAUCCAGACAAACUAUGCUGUACUAAGUCAGGCAACAUCCUGAUCAGUAUGGUUACUACUGAUUUUAGCCAACAUAAAAUUGUCCGUUAUCAGGAACACACAGUGAAGCAGGAAAUAGAUAGAGAUGAAGAUGGAGAACCAAUCUAUAAAGGAGGAAAAUAUGCACUGUGUGUGGUGGAGAACAACAAUGGAGACAUCUGUGCCUCUGAUGCCAAUGCUGACACCGUAGUCGUGGUGAACAAGUCAGGAAGAGUCCGAUCCCGAUACGAUGGUACACCAGCCAGGAGGAAGAAGUCAUUUAAUCCUAGACACAUAGCAACAGACUCCAUGAGUCAGAUCAUUGUGGCAGAUAAAAAAAAUGCCUGUCUACACAUCCUGGAUCAGAACGGACAGUUCCUGAGAUGUGUUGACAAUUGUGGACUAAAUACACCUGUGGGACUGAGUGUGGACAGUGAGGGGAGGUUGUGGGUAGGGUUAGCUCUAUCAGGAGAAGUGAAAGUGAUUCAGUACAUAAAAUAAACACAUGAUAUCACAUACAGACAUCAGAUAAUGACAGAGUUCACACAGUGCUCUUGAUAUAACAAAAAAUAUUUACAGCUUACUCCGGAUAUAUUGAAAUUCAGGGGAACAAUCUUUUUCUUUCAAUAUUAAUAACAGAAGUUCAAAAAUAAGCGAAAUUGGAAAUGUCCACCAUAUAGAAGCUACAUUUAAUUUGCAUCUCAAUCCUGAUUACGAAAGGAGAAAUAUUAAUUUAAUACAUUACACAGGAAGUAGAAACACUUUCUAUAGUCAUCUGGUCCACAAAAUAGAUGCUUUCAGAAGGAGUCCCAAAAUCUGGCAUUCAACUAAGGAAUAUAUAAGCAAAUCCAAACUACAUUUAAUUUGAUCAAAAAUUGCUUUGUGUUGUAUGGCAGGAGCGUGAAGUUGGCAUAAAAUUGCCAAAAAAUGCAAAAAUCAAUGAAAUUUUCAUAAAUUCAGGGGGUUUUCCUUUCAGAAAACAUACAGCCCAUGCGUCGAGCAAAUUUAUAUUCAAACACAUUUUUCAUCUUCUCUUAAUACACAAUACAUGUAUAUAUUAAUUUCAUUUUGCUCAACGGAUGGGCAUACCUUUUCCUAAGCAAUAAUCUGGAUGAAAUUACAAAAACUCUUAUUCAUGACGUAAUAAUGCUAUAAAAUAAGAAAUAACUUUGAUUUAAGUUCAGAUAGUAUACUUGGCAUGUAUUUAACUUACUCAAAACACAGAUCAAGCUUGAUUUAAGACACAUUUAAAUCGGAGAAUUUUUUUGGGCCUUUAUAGAUAUGUACACAAUCGUUCCUUGUUCUUUAAAACAUUUGAAUAAUCGGUCCACUUAAGAUUUUUAAAAUAUGUUAAGUUUCAUUAUAACUUUUGUUUCAUAUUUAGCUGAUCAGCAAUUAAUGUUCCAAUUUCAGUGUCUACAAAAAUUAUGUACAUGUUUUGUUUUUUAAUUUACAAAUAUAAUUUUGAGGUUGAUUGUACGUCACUGGAAUGUCUAAAUUUUUGUUCUCGCUCUCGUUGCCAAUAUUUCCCUUUCGGUAUAAGUUUCUACUGUAAUAUCGGUGAGUGACAUGUUGUCUAUAAAGUCAAUGUCGUCCACGUCAAACUUUAUUUUGAGAAUUUAUUGUGAAGCCAGCCCUGAAAAAACUAUUUUCAACGCCUUGUGAUAGCGGUAAGCUGUUUGAAUUUUUAAAUACGGUUAAUCCUACUGCAGUUACUAAUUUGCAUCUUGUAUCGAAUUUGAGUUUUCCUUUCAUGUGGGGAGGUCAUUUUACUAAUGAUCCUGUCCAUAAGCUUUCAAAGAGUGAUUAUACUCUACUAUAUUUAUCCGUGUGAAACAAAUUAUCUGACACCUUAAUAUCUACCUACCUGUGUAAUGAUGAGGCCACCGGCCUUGACAAGACUACCACCAAAAAUGACUUCAAUAUAGCCGUUAUAAAAACAAUACCUUCUCAAUUCGGUGGACUAAUAAUUGGUUUCAAACUAGGCAAUAUUUCAAUAUAAGCUAUUUCAAUUUAACCGUCAUUUUAAUCCAAAGAAAAUAAGGGACUGAGAUUGGGGACUUUGUUUUGCUUCAAAAUAAGUGAUAUUUCUAAAUAAGCGGCUUCCAAUAUAAGUGGAGUAAGCUGUAGGUUACAGUGCAAUUAUUGAAAAUUGGCAUCAGAUAACAAUAUACAACAGGUGUGAUCAGUCAACAAGGGAUGCUUACUCCUCCUAGACACCUGAUCCCACCUCUGUCUGUCUGUGUUUGACCUGUUCUUAAUUUAUAGGAUUUAUGAGAAUGGCCACUGGCCACAGUCCUAUAACAACUUUUUUGUUGGAUGGCAACAUUUUAGAUCACCUUGAUGUCUGUCCAUUUGUCUCUAAACCUUAAACAUUUUUUACUUCUACUCCAAAACCACUGAGCCAAUUUCAACCAAACUUGCUGUUGAGCAUCAUUGGGUAAAGAGGAUUCAAAAUUGUUCAAAUGAAGGGUCACACCUGUCUCAAAGAGGAGAAAAUAUGGUGGUGUCAUUCAAAAAUCAUCUCAAAAACCACUGGACUAGAAAAGACAAAAUUUAUGUGAUUGAAAGCUCUCUUCAAGAUUGUUCAAAUCAUUAAUAAUGGUCCCAAGGGUGUAGGAGAAGAAAGUUUUAAAUGGGAAUAUUUCAGAACAGAGGGGCCUCAAUCAGUCUUACAUGUAUUGAUAUGCAAGCAUCCUGAGGUGUUGCUUGGGUUUGUUCAAAUCAUGGCCAUGUGGGGUUGGGGGUGGGGUGGAAGGGGGCACAAUAGGGGAACACAGUUUUAUAUAGUAUAGGGAAAAAACUUUAAUUCUAAAAAAAAAAUCUUGUUCUCAUGAUUGGCAAGGUUGAGCUAUAAGCUCAAGUGAACUUUUAUGAUCACCUGUUGUUGGGGUUUAUAAUUUUAUUCCCCUGGGGGUAGGUUUGGGCCACAAUACUGAUUCAAAUCAAUGCCCUGGGGGUAGGUUUGGGCCACAAUACUGAUUCAAAUCAAUGCCCUGGGGGUAGGUUUGGGCCACAAUACUGAUUCAAAUCAAUGCCCUGGGGGUAGGUUUGGGCCACAAUACUGAUUCAAAUCAAUGCCCUGGGGGUAGGUUUGGGCCACAAUACUGAUUCAAAUCAAUGCCCUGGGGGUAGGUUUGGGCCACAAUACUGAUUCAAAUCAAUGCCCUGGGGGUAGGUUUGGGCCACAAUACUGAUUCAAAUCAAUGCCCUGGGGGUAGGUUUGGGCCACAAUACUGAUUCAAAUCAAUGCCCUGGGGGUAGGUUUGGGCCACAAUACUGAUUCAAAUCAAUGCCCUGGGGGUAGGUUUGGGCCACAAUACUGAUUCAAAUCAAUGUCCUGGGCCACAAUACUGAUUCAAAGUUUUACUUUUAGUGGGGGGGAGGGGGGGAGGGGGAAUUGAGAACUGUUUUUGUUUUUUUAAGAAUUAUAGACCAUUGACAUAAGGUGUGGCUAAAAUUGGGGAGUCCGACAUAAUUUUAUAUGAUGCAGGAGUAUAGGGGAAUAUAAGGCAUCUCUAUGUUAUGUGAACUUGGUUAAGUCAUGACCUCAUUUGGCUUAGGUGGGGUCAUAUGGGUUAGAAUUUUUUUGUUGGAAUAAAUCUUUUUUAAAAUAAUUUUCUUUUAAAGAACUGAACGACGAAGUUGACUAAGGUGAGCAUUGUGGCCCAUGGGCCUCUUAUCUAUAACAGCAAUAAACUUUCUUGUAUUCAAAUGUGAAAAGUAGAGAGGAACUUUCCCCAAUUUAUCUGAGAUUCUAAGAGUUUACAAUGACAUGCAGUGUCUACCGAUGAAAAGUGAAGUUCUUUUUUUUAUCUUGUAGAUACAAUGUACAUGUAUCCAGCAUUAUGAGAAAUAUUCAAGAUGAAAUAAAGAUCAGAAUAUCAUUUGUUUGAUCAGACAA